GACUUACCAAGCAAACAAAAACCAGGAAAUAAGAAAAAACAUGCAUCUGAUGGUAUAUUAGUAUUGAGUAAAGUAUGUGAUUUUAUAAGGUGUAUGAACUGUGGAAAAUUGAGAUGUUUGUUUAGUCAAAAAAUGUUAAAGGAGGAUGAACAACUUAGCAUAAUAAAUCAAACAUGUCAUGAUCAUAUAGAGCAAAUAUACUAUUCAUGUAAAAUUCAACAUUUACCAAUUUGUUAUUUUUGUGGAGAAGCAGAUGAAUUGGUAGAACCCGAUGAAAAGAGUAAAAAUGAAUGGCAAACUAUUUACCCAUUGUGCAAUUCUUGUCAAAAUAAGGGAUUACGCUGGUUUACAAAG